GGGGAACACACGUCGGACACCGAGUGGAUCGCCCCUAACUGCUCAGUGCGCCCCUCCCUCUCGCAGAAGUCCCGCAGGCGUCUUUGUAUUCCUUCUCGCGGUUCCCUCCUGGAGCGGUGCAGUCUUUUGCCGUGGGCGUGUCCAAAUACAUCCCCCGAAAUUGUCAGCUUGUCCCACCAUCGAUUCUGGCUCAAGCAGCAUGCCGGCCAGGAUCGAGCCUGUGCUCGUUUUCCGGGCGUUCCUGCUUGCGGUGCCAUGUCGUCCUACGACGCAGUGGCGGUAUGUUGUGCCACCUCGGUGCUGUUGGCACAGGUUCCUCGCGGAGACACCAGGGAGGUCGUUUGCCCUGACAGCCAGAUGGCGCGGCGAGACCGCGUCGGCGGCGAAGAGCAGCCUUGCCGCACAGAAGGUGGUUGAGCUCAUCGAGCUCCGCCGAGUGCAGAUGGAAAGAGGAAUGGGGGAGGGAGGAGGAUGGAGGUGGACCUGCGUAAAUGUUCGAUCAUAUACAGGAGUUUCCUGCGCCCGAUGUGCGGUUUGUGUUUCUGUCUCGCGUCAGGCGCGCUCGUCAUGAUCAUUCGGGGCGGCUCGAGGUGGGGUUCCCAAGCGACCGACCUUGCGUUUUUCUGUUUAUACAUUGGCUUGAUCGCGCUGAGCUGCAAAUCCCAUUGGCUGCACGUGCGGUCGCUGAACUUCUGGACCUCGGCGAUGAUGUGUUGUCUCCUCGUUGCUGUCUCGCCGUUGGCCAUCGAAUUUACCACGCUGCCGAUAGUGUUUGUGUACACGCUGGGGCUGCGGCUCAUCCUCAGUCUUUGCAUGCGUCCGCCCCUGUUCCUCCUCUGGAAGGCAGUGUACCUGAUGGUCGUAAGCGUCCACUUUAUCCCUUAUGUGACCGCCCCGCACGAGGGCGAGGGCAAGUUCACGAAUUGGACGCACCACACCAUCAUCCCCUCGGAGGUGAUCGCGUGUAUUGCAGAGGUGAGCUUCAGCUUCGCGGCCCACACCGUCAUGAAGGCCGAGGCGUGGCAGACCGUGCAGGCCCGCACGUCGCACAGUGGGCUGGAAGCGGCCCGCUCGCUGCUGGGCACCAUCUGCGACGCCGUGGUGGAGCUUGACGCGGACCUGCGGCUCACGGUCCACUGCCCCGGCCUGGCGACGAUGCUGUUGCGCAGCCCCCACCUCUCACUCACCGGCACGACGCUGGACAAGUACAUGGCCUCCGAGGACGACCGCGAACGUUUCAACAGCCACCUGCAGGUGCCAGUGCACGAGACAGGCGCGAUCGCCGACGCAUUCCACCUCAACCUGCGCGAUUCUUGCGGGAGCGCGAUCAGCGCAGAGCUCUUCCACGUCUGCUUCCGCGACUGCCUGACAGGGCUGCCGCAGCAUUUGGUGGGCCUCCGCGAGCACAGCGACCUCGCCGAGCCUCCCGCUGCGCCCCAGCCUGGCGUCUCGAGGCAGGCGUGCUCGCUCGAUGCCUCCGCGCGGCGGCAGCCGCCAGAGCUGACCGUCGUCUUCGACGCCGUGACGUUCGGCAUCCUCAGGACGACCUCUCCCGCCUUCGACGCCUGCUUUGGGCCGUGCCCGCCAGGGUCGGCCGUCAGCGAAUGGCUCACCCCGCAGGACUGCGGGGCCUUCUGCGACCGAGUCAACGGCUUCUGCAGCUCUGGCACGCCCUCGUGCACCUUCGAUUGGGUGCCGUCAGGCCUCCGGCUGCCGCAUGCCAAAGAUAUUGUGGUACCUCAUUGUCUCAAGUGCACGCUCGUGGCGGACAGCCGCGGCGACGAGGAGGCGGUGGUGGCUUGCAUCGUGCUGGCCAUGUGCUAUGACGAUGAGUGCAGCAACAGCAGCGAGUCAAGCAGUACUCAGCGGAUGCGGGCGAUCGUGGAGCCCCCGCUCGCAGGCCAGCGGCAGAUCGGUUCGCAGCUGUCGUAUGUUGACGACCAGUUCCUACCGUCUCAGCCUGCAUCGGCAGCUUUACAUGCACUUGGAGAGUGCGUAAUUGCAUCACCGAAGCCAUCGCACAGUACGAUUUUGUAGCAGGCAACUACAUACAUGUGUCUUUCCAGCUCUGCCAAACAUGCCCGGGUGAUUGGACGUCCAUCUCAAGCCACAUCGUGUUCAAUCGAUCAAUUUCCCAAUGAAAUCCGCUUUUAGUCUUCGCGAGUUUGCCGCCAUGCUGCCAAGUAAUCCUUAAUAUAGAUGUAACCGCUUCGCGAGUUCUGCCCUCGUGGCUUUCACUCGUCAAGCUUCCUGCCGUACAGAGCAGUUGGAGUUCUCACCUGGCAGCUCGUCGGGACCAUUGGUCACCAUAUAGAUUUGCCACUUCGCAAGCCAAAUCCCUCUCCCCAGUGUCAGCUGUGAUCUUGAGGGCGUCCGUCAUGGCAGAUCUUUUUGCGCAUUCCGCCCUUGGUCAGAAAAGUUUACGCAUUGUUCCAGCCGUCAUCGUCGGAAUUACCACAGCUGUCGUUGUUGCACUUGUUGUCUUUGAAUAUUCAGUCGAACGCCGCGUGUGCAGAGUCGUCCUUCUCAACGCGCUAUGAGACGAGUGAUUCGAAUAUUGAUUUGGUCGUCGUCCUCACCGUUGCUUGGUAUGCGGCUUCAGCUGGUUGUAAGGAUGACAUGGCCAGUUCUAGUGAUGUGAGCUGUGGAACGGUGGCCGUCUCUGUGGUAAGGAUCCGCGAAGUGCAUCGGUUCAUAACUGCAGGCGUCGCGGUUCCGCCCAGAAAGGCGCAGGUGGGUUGCAGGAUGUUUAGUUCGCAUGCCGUUUGGCGCCUCAGUGGUCUGAGCCUGCGUUGUUUGCCCCUCGCCAAUGUUGCUCGGCAGUCCAUGCGGGGUGCUGAGGCCCUGCCGGGAUCCUUCUGAUUUUGGAUUGGAGAACGUGGGAAGCGAGGACGCCCUGAAGACAGGUACCAUCUUGGGG